UGCGUCGGGCGGGCCUCUCGUAUAAGCGCAGCGCUCGUGCUGCACUCACUGCCACAUCCAAGAUGGCCACCGCCACCGGACCUCCGCCGCUCGGUUCAGCGCCGGACCCGCAGCUCCAGGGGCUCUUCUCGCCGCUUCCACUGCUCGGCAGGGACCCCCAGGUUUCCUCUAAAGGAUGCUGCUCGUCUCUGCCUGUGGACCGCUGCUAUACAGCGCAGUGAUUGGACACCAGGCCCCUAUUCUUUCCUGUGCAGUAAGCACUUCAGCAUGGACAGCUUUGUCCCACGUAUGCCGGACCAGCACCCACUUCUCAGACCUAAUGCUGUGCCAUCGCUCUUUGAAAGUGGCAGGGAGAAUAAGAGAAGUGGAGCUCCUGGGUCACAUAUUUUGCAAGUUGGGAAGAGAAAACGGGUGCAAAAAAGACUUUCUCCCUCAUCCAGAGAUAAGAAAAGUUGUUUUGUGUUUCUAGGUGAAAGAAGACAUCACUCCAACAUCGGUAUCAGUAGUGAUCUCAUGGACACCAGUCUUCCGUCUAAACCACCCAAAAGCCAUACAGCCUCUAAGUUUAUCUUCUCAUUGCACUCUUAUAGCAGGUCUUCCAUGCCCUCCCUUUCACAAAAUGUGGUUAAUAUGGCUCCAUCACCUCAUCUAAUGGAAGCGGAAGCAGAACAUUUAUGUGGAGGAAACCCUGAGCACCUUCCCACUCUUGUACAGGGCACUGAGAACUUCUUGUCUGAGGCAGGAGCCUCGAAGGGGCUGCCAUGUCACAUAGAGGUUGGAAGUGACAACACAUUGGCUUCCAUAGUACAUAUUCCACUUGAACUAGAAAUAAACCAAAGUGAAAUAUUGGAGUUUCCACCUUCUGUGUUAGAGGAGUCGUCCCUUUACCCAAGACAUGGUAGGAUUCCUGAAAACCAUGAUUUAUUGGUCCCCGACAAUAUAAACUCCCUUCAUUCAUAUAGCUCCAUAGCCAGACCUCUGUCCACCCUGGAGCAUCAAUGCCGCAGUAAGGAAUGGACCACAAGAGGUGGGGAACCCCUGUCUGACACCAAUGCGCAAGAUUGCCCCCCUUUGAAUCCGGCUGUGUCGCCACUGGCUUGGAUGUUGGGAAGCUGGAUAUCUGAUCCUGCUGGGGAAGGGGAGUUUCCCUCCAUCCCAUCCUUUCGCUACGUGGAGGAAGCGGUGAUCUCGCACGUUGGACAGCCCAUGCUGAAUUUUAUGUUCUCUUCCUCUAACCCUGAGACGGGGACGGCAAUGCACAGAGAAUGUGGAUUCAUCCGUGUGAAGCCUGGGACCAACCAAGUGGCAUUUAUAUGUGCUCAGAACAUGGGUCUUGUGGAAGUGGAAGAAGGCGAAGUGCAGGGAGAACAGCUCAGUCUGACCUCACACUCACUCAGCAGAAUCAGCUUUGCCAAAGAGCCUCAUGUGCAGAAGAUCUCCCGCAUAUUCCGUCUCACCUCUGAUGGGAAGCUGGAGCAGACGGUCUCCAUGGCAACUAGCACACAGGCCAUGGCUCCUCACUUACAUGUCACAUACAGGAAAGUGACCUCAUAGCAGUUUGUGUCCGAGUUAUGGAACGAAUGCCUUUACUGCUGACAUGACCUGAUUAAAUUCAUACUGCUGA